AUGGAUGAAGGAGAGUCAGAGCCAGUUCCUCGUACACAGCAGCUGUGCCGCUACUACUCUCAAGGCAGACACUGCAAUUUUGGGAAGAGAUGUAAAUUUCUGCAUGUGAGAGAUGACACCAGGAGCCUGACAGGUCCAGUGCCUCCAAACUUACCAGCCCCUGCUGAAGAUGUGGGCUACUGGUCGCCUCCCACUAAUAACUCCAGAUUUGCCCCAGCAGGAGCUCUUCGCCCAUGUCGCUAUUUUGUCGCAGGCCACUGCAGCAUGGAGGACAGAUGUCGUUUCUGGCAUCCACCACAGUUACCCCUGCUGGAUGACCAGCCUGUUCCUGGCAAUCACACAAGAGCUGCACCGAUGAUUCAACCAGUAUCCCGUCCCAGCGCCCUCCAGGAGGUGAAGUUGGGUGACAUGACAGAGGAUGUCACCAAGAAGCUACGAGAUACUGAGAUCACGCAGUUGAAGAAGCGUUUUCCUAAAGACCGACUGAUUAUUCAGGAACGAAGUGAUGGCAAAUUUACAUAUUACAGGGCAACUGUAGAGGCUACUGAUCCAGACUGGCCUUUUGAUCUGAAAGAAAUCGAUAUCAUGGUGAGCUUUCCAGAGAAUUAUCCCCAAGAGAUUUUUACAUUGGACAUACCACUGGACCAGGAUCUGCCAGCAGUAAUGUCAAAACAUGUACAGCAAGCGUCACUGGAGUGGCUUCAAGCUAAACAUGCGACCAAUCAGCUUCUGGGGAAGGUCGAGCUGCUUUUCCGGCCUUUUCUUCGCUGGCUAGAUCGCAGCUUGGAGAGACUAUUCACCGAAGGAGCCAGGCAGUUGAAAAAAGACAUCGAUUUAGAAAAAGCUGGACUGCAGUUUAUAACAUAUCAAGAGCUGCAGGCAACAGCGACUGAAAGAUCUGAAUCUGCCUCUGAUGCUGCUGAUGCAGAUGAGGAUGAUGGUAAUGUGGCAGAAUCUGAGAAUACAGAAGGUGAGAAGUCGGUGCAGCAGGAGAGUCCAGACGGUGAUGAUAGACAGCAGCAAGAGGAAGCAAGUCAUCUGGUGGAGAACAUUAAGAUCAGUGAUCCACGCAGAGGCACAGAGGUGAAACUGCUGGGACUGAGGCUGGGAGAGAACACAGCCACUGUGGCUGCCCAGCAGAUUACUGUUUGUCUUCAGUGCAACAGGUGUAAGGUAACCGCAGACCUGACACUCAAUGGAAGGACUCCCUGUGCGGCUCAGUGUGAUAAGUGUAAUGCAAGCAUAAAUGCUGCAUUCAGGCCCUGCAUGCUUCACCAUUACAGCGACGUCCUGGGAUAUUUGGACCUCCACAACGCCACACCGGCUGACCUUGUACUUCAGGAAUGUGAACUCAAUGUGGGCUGCCUUAGCUGCUCCCAGGAGGGCCCUGUGCAGAAUCUUUUGUAUGGACAAACAAAGGAGUUAAAUUGUGAACACUGCCACAGCAAACUCAGCAUCCUGGCUGAGAGCACAAGAUUCCAGUACAUCCCGCCUCGUACCAACAAAACAGGUUCAAGUGAUGUACAUUUCAAGACGAUACGAGAUCCUGCUGUGCAAAAAGGGAAGCCACUGCCAGAAAAAGGAACAUGCAAGCAUUUCAAACAAAGCCAUCGCUGGCUAAGGUUUCCCUGCUGCGGUCGGACUUACCCCUGUGAUGUGUGCCAUGAUGAGCACCAGGAUCACCCCAUGGAACUCGCCACCAGGAUGCUUUGUGGUUACUGUGCCAAAGAACAGCCAUACGGCAAUGGAAAACCUUGCAUCAGCUGUGGGAGCAUGAUGACAAGAGGAACACGUACCAGCCACUGGGAGGGAGGACUGGGAUGCAGAAACAAAGUCAAAAUGAGCAAAAAUGAUCGUCAAAAAUAUGCCAACAGCAACAAAACGGUUUCCAGGAAAGCAGCCGGUGAAAAGAAGUAGUCGGUGGAAAAGAGCCUUUAUGCGUAAAUUUCUAAAGAGAUGAUGUGAUACACAAAUCAAAUUGUGAUUUCAAUGAAAUUGUCAAUUUUUCACAAUAAAUCACGUUAUGAUC